CUCAAGUGAAAACGAAGAACAUUACUAUGAAGCCGAAGAAAUUGAUAAAUCCAAAGAACAUGUACAAGUACCACAUAAAAGAGAUGAUGUUUGUGAGCACUUUCAAGAAGAACUUGAUAAGAUUCUGUAUAUACAUGGCCCUAUUCCUGUUAGCGAUUUUAAUAUCAUUGCUGCCAUACAUAAUAAGCAGGAGAAGCCAGGUGAAUUUAAAACACGUGCGAUACCCAACGGAUUUGAAAUACAUCUUAUUUUGGAACAAACCUAAGCACAAGAAGCUACUACACAAGGACUAUGGCUUUGAAUUUCAGACAGGACAAAAACUGUUCAUUGAUCAAAAGUGUCCUCAUAUGAAUUGCUACAUAACCUAUAACAGGACUAUGCUUAACAGCCAGGAUAACUUCGACGCUAUUGUGUUCGAUGUCCACGAGAUCAGCAAGUUCAAGUUGAGUUUCUACAACUUCACAAGGCCUCCACAUCAGAAAUACAUCUUCUGGUCUCAUGAGUCUGCUGAGAAACAGCCCAUCUGUAACCCGAUGUUUGACGACUUCUUCUCUUGGACGUGGACGUACAAAUUGGACUCUGACAUCCCUCACCCUUUUAUCAGCAUCUACAACAACAAAAACCAGACAGUUGGCCCUAGAAAGUCUUUGAAAUGGCUUCAAACUAUGAACCACACGGAUGCUAUAAGAACUAAAGUCGUGAACAAAAACAAAGCGAUCGCUUGGGUUGUUACUAAGUGCAAAUUGAAAAAUAUGCACAAAGAUUUCAUUAAAGAUCUGAGAAAUGAAAUGAAAGGCUACAAUUACAGUUUGGAUGUGUUUGGCCCGUGUGGGGAUAAGAGAUGUCCAGGAGGUGUUUUGAACAAAUGUUACAAAAUGGUCGAAAAGAAGUAUUUUUUCCAGCUAGUUCUGGAAGAUACGUUUGCUGCAGACUAUGUGAGCGAUAAGCUGGUUAAAGCGUUGGAAUAUUUCACUGUACCUAUCGUGUUGGGUGGUGCUAACUAUACGAGAUUCCUCCCACCAGGCACCUAUAUCAACGCUCAGGCCUUCGACAUGAAGAAACUAGGCGCCCUAAUCGACUACCUCAUCAAAAACCCUAUCAUGUACGAGUACUUCUUCGACUGGAAAAACCACUACUACUACACAGUGAAUCCUACCUCGAAUGUUUGCAACCUGUGCAAAAAGUUGAACAAACACACAGAGGUGGUAAAAAAUAAAGAGAAUUUCCGCCAAUGGUGGAAUCCAGAUUACGCGGAUGUUUGUCAAAGGAUGCAUUUGUUAGAUAUUUUUACUUCUUAUUAGUUUUGGAAGGUCGUGGUAUAGCUUCGAGGCAGAUGCAUGCCUAUCAGCCUAGGCGCAGACCACCAACUUUUUGUCGGCCGAUAGCUUAGUCGGGCAGUUAAUCAGUAUGGGCAUGUAUGGAAGUGCGCACAUU